CGAACACCAAUAUCCAAUAGCCCGCUGCAGUAGUCUACCCGUCCACUCGGCCGCCCUGCUCCGGUGCUCCCCGAUGACAGCAGCAUCGCCCCCCGCAUAAAAAAAGGCGCCCACUAGCGCGCACACCCGCAUAUACAAACACGAGAGAGGAGAGAGGGAGGGAGGGAGAGGGAUCAUUGAAAGCUGCACCCAUCAUCGAUCCGCCCCGGCCCGUUUGUUCGCCACCAUUUCCCCCUUCCUUCCUUCCUUCGAUCCCCCCUCCCAUCAUUCGCCCCAAUACUCUCCGCCCCAUCCGCUUUCCCCCUCGCCGGAGCAGAAAAAAUUUUAUGCGCGCUUUGGGAAAGCGCGAGUUAGUUUUGCUCUGAAGCUGCCUGCUUUUUAUCCAUCCGGAGCCGCGGGCGUUGGGGGGAGAGUAGAGUAGAGGCGAGGCGGGGUUCCGUGUGCUGCUCCGGCCGAGCGGGCGUGGGCACCGAGGAGGCGGCGGCGGGCGAGAGAGGGGAUCUGCCCAUGUCGUCGGCGGAGGACGGGUACUGCAGCUCGGAUUCGCCGCGGGCGGAAUCCCCCGAGGAGUCGCAGGCGGCGGCGGCGGCGGACGCGGAGUCGCCGCGGGCGAACAAGCGCGAGCGCGACCUCCGGGACCUCCACGACCUCCCUGCCUCGCCGUCCUCCCCGCUGCCGGCUGCUAAGCGCAGCCGGAGAUCGGUGGAGAAGCGGGUCGUGUCGGUGCCGCUCGCCGAGUGCGGGGACCGGCCCAGGGCGGGCAGCGGGGAGGGGCCGCCGCCGUCGGACUCGUGGACGUGGCGCAAGUAUGGGCAGAAGCCCAUCAAGGGCUCCCCCUACCCUCGGGGGUACUACCGCUGCAGCAGCUCCAAGGGGUGCCCGGCGAGGAAGCAGGUCGAGCGCAGCCGCGCGGACCCCACCGUGCUGCUCGUCACCUACACCUUCGAGCACAACCACGAGUCGCCGCAGCCCAAGAGCAGCAGCUGCCACCAGCAGGGCAAGCCGUCCCCACGGCCGCCGGCGCCCAAGCCUGAGCCGGUGGUCGAGCAGGCUGAGCUCGGUCCGGAGCAUGAGCUGCCAGAGCCAGAAGCGCCAGAACAGGAGCAGGAGCAGGAGCUGGAGCCGGAAGCGGAGCAGGAGGAGCAGAAGGUCGUCGUGAGUCUGGUCGCGCCGGAAACGGCAUCAACCGCAACGGUGUCGCCGGUGGCGGAGGAGGACGAAAGCUUCGACUUUGGGUGGUUCGACCAGUACCCGACGUGGCACCGGUCGGCGGCGUACGCGCCGCUGCUGCCGCCGGAGGAGUGGGAGCGGGAGCUGCAGGGGGAGGACGCCCUGUUCGCGGGGCUCGGCGAGCUGCCCGAGUGCGCCGUCGUGUUCGGGCGCCGGCGCGAGCUCAGCCUGGAGGCCACCGCGCCGUGCUCCUGAUGGUCAUUUGAUCCCUUCUACCUUUCACCCUUCCCUUUGGGUCUUUUAGUUUUACUCGGAGCAAUUUGGAGGUACUAGUACAUAGCUAAGAUCGAUCGAUGCGCGGGGAUUAUCUCUGUUCAAGGCCGGCUCCUGCCUUGCUUUCUCUCCCCGUGUUGAUUGGGUGCGCGCGUGCGUGCGUUCGCCAUCCAAGAUUGUCCCCGUUUCAGGAGUGGUUUGCGAUGUGAUUCCAACCAAAAAGCAGCGAAAGGUCUGGCAUUUUUAGGCGCUUCGUCUCGCCAUUUGUGAUCA